GGAGGUGGGAGAAGAACAGGAAAUUCUGUAAUUUGUCCAGAAUUACUUAAGAGAGGAAGAGCUGAGGCUUGACCCUGCUCUUUUGGGAACCUUGCUUCCUUCCUUCAGGAAGCUGUUUAUGGGAUUGGCCAAGCUCUCGAGUAGAACAGAUGGGGACUGGCUGCAACAUGCACAGCUUUAUUCAACCCCUGGGUUUCAUUCCUGAAUCUUCUUCCUUACUUGAGUCUACCCAGUGCUUGGCAUAUAAUAGAUGCCCCUAAAUGUCACAUUGAGUCUCCCUGCAAGUGCUUAUCUAGCCUGCACCAGUAGUCAGGGACUUCACUGUGACAAGUAUACUGUUGUUGAGCACUGACAAUAAGUGGAGUCCUUAGACUGUGGUGAGCUCCGUGUUGUCAGGAUCUCCCAGAGACUGUGUCCUGCAUGAGACAUUUGAGCUUACUGUGCUGUGAGACGGUGCCACUUUCUGCCCAUUCUCAACCUCACACAGGACCUGAAAUAUAGUGGUAUGCUAAUUGUGUGAGGAACUCAUGAGCCCUGCUCAUCUUCUCUCCUGAAUGAGCUGGCUGCCUUCUUUUAAUUAUCGAUUUUUAAACAUUAAUUUAGUAACCACUCUACUUCCUAGCUUCUAUGGAUACCCUUUGCCAGGUUUGCCCCUAGGGAGUUGCCUUGGGUGGGACUUUGUAGUCUGGCCUGUGGAGACCCACACUGUAUACUGGCUCUGUUUCCUGGAAGAGAAAUGGGUUGGUGGGCUGUGUGGGAAGGGCAAGAGGGAGGUAAAGCAGCUGGUGUGGCUCAAAGAGGGAGGUGUGGGGAGGACACCUCUGGGCAGCAUUGAAAGUCAGUAAUGAAGAAUGGAAACAGUCAGCAUUUACCCCACACAAAGUGCACGAGAUGCUCGGGCUCUGCCUUUCUCAGCAGAACCCCCAGCAAGCUUGGGAAGGCAUCUGGAGCGCCUUUAGUUCUCAGGCGUCUCAUUGUCCAAGGCACCACUGUUUCAUUCUCAACCCCACCCCACCGUAAAUAUGUGUCUGUAAGCCAGGUUCCUGCAAGCUCUUAUUAUAGGAACUGCUCCAGUUUCCCCUUUAUCUUUGUCUCACAGUUAAUCCGAAGUUGGGAAAGAAAGCCAUUUGUCUGCAGUGGGAGGUGCCCAUGCACAGUGGAGCUUAGAUCUUGAGGGGCCGUCUUCUCAGAAUCCCAGGAUUGUGCUCAUUGUGUGUGUAAUUACCAAGUGUAGGCAGGUUUCGUUGGAAACCUGCUACACUAGGCUGUCAUGGCAACGUGAUCAUAAAGUGACAGAGCAACCAAUGAUACUUGAGAGCCUUGAGGGUGGGACUUGCCUGUUCCUUCACAUAAUAUUUCUGGCUUGGUCUGAGUCAUUGCAGAGGGGCGGGGAAUUACUUUCCAACCCAGCACUACACAGUGCGUACCUGCCCUCUUAGUGUAUUCCAGCUCUUACCGGAAGUUCGGGGAGUGGGGGGGAUUGGGCAUGUGAGAGUGGCAGGAUGAGGAGAGCUGAUGGUGGCCCUGGCAGACCCAAGUGGAAGGAUAUUCAUUCCUUUACCUAUUAAACGAAGUCGAAUGUCACAGAGUCCUAAGGGUUCUAGUGCCACUGCUAUAGUUUUUUUUUAUUAGUCAUAGGAAUGGGCAUCAGAGGACAGGAAACAGAUCUGGGUCACCAAACUAGAUAGAGUAAGGAAAGAGAGCAGAGACGGGCACAGCAUGCUGUGCUCAAGUCCCAAGGGUCAUGAGCUGCCUAGAAAUGACACAAGUUGGAUCCCAAGCCUGCGGUCCCUAUUUCUUCACAUGUGGCUUACAUUUAAAUGCACGGUGCUAUGUUGAUCAUGGGAGGUCCCAGUGUUUGCCUAAGCGGCUGUUGUAACGAAUCUGGCCCUGGUUGUGAGCCUGAGUUUGUUUCUCAUAGGCUUGGGACUAGAGCAUGUCAUUCUCCAGGGUGCUUUUCUAGGUGCAGAGAUGGCUGCAGAAGCCCCUGGUGGCCUCAGUCUGAAGUCUCAGGACAGCAGUUGCUUCAGUCACUAGGCACCUAGAGAUCAACUCAUUCUGGUAGAGUCCGUUUCUGUGCUGAAGACAGAGUUCUGGAUUAUACGAUGGUGUUAAGUCAGGCCUACCUUGUGAAGAUCUCUGCUUUGCUUUCUUUUCUUUCAGGGAAUAAGGUUUGGACACAGCGGCAAAGACUGCUUGUGUAGCCCAGGCUGCCCUCCAACUCUGUCUUCUGGGGAUAUAGAUUCAGAUAAGUGCCACUGUGCCUGGCCUCUACUGAGUACAACCUAAGCACUCAACCACAGUGGCAAAGGAAAGAGUGUCCAGAGUUACUAAACUAAUGGUGGUUCAUGUCUAUAAUUUCAGCACUUGGAAGGCCAAGGUAGAAGAUUCUGAGUGCAAGGCCAGCCCAGGCUACCUAGAGAAACUAUCUCAAAAUUAAAAAAAACAAAAUCAACAACAAAAAAAACCCUUAUUGGAAAUGUGGGUGUGGCUCAGUUGUAGAGCACUUGCCUGACAUUCAGGGUCCUGGGUUCAGGCCCCAUCACCAUAGAAAAUGAAACAAAGCUAAAGCUGAAAUAGAAUUGAGGUAUCAUUGUGAAAUGACAUGCUGAUAAUAAUCACUUUCAGGGCAUUUCAGAGAACAUUCCUUUAUAUAUAAUUUUUUUUAAUGUAUGUGAGGUCACUAUUGCUGUCUUCAAACACACCAGAAGAGGGCAUCUAAUCUCAUUACAGACAGUUGUGAGCCACGAUGUGGUUGUUGGGAAUUGAACUCAGGACCUCUGGAAGGGCAGUCAGUGUUCUUAACCACUGAGCCAUCUCUCCAGCCCUGUUUCUUUGUUUUUCAAGACAGAGUUUCUCUGUGUAUCCUUGGCUGUCCUGGAACUCACUCUGUAAAUCAGGCUGGCCAUGAAUUCACAGAGAUCUGCCUGUUUCUACCUCCUGAGUGCUGGGAUUAAAGGUGUGUACCACCAUUGACACCACCACCACCACCGCCAACUAGAAAUUCCUUUUUAAUUAUUUUUAUUUUAUAUGUGUGAGUGUUUGGCCUGUAUGUAUGUCCACGCACCAUGUGCAUGCCUGAUGCUCUUGGAGACCACAGAGUGUUAGAUUCCCUGGAACUGGAUUUACAGAUGUUUGUGAAUCAUGUGAGUGCUGGGAAUUGAACCCAGGUCCUCAGGAAGAACAGCAAGUGCUGCUAAUCUCUGAGCCAUUUCUCCAGCCCAUUUAAAUUUUUGUGUGUCUGCGUGUGUGUGCUCUGCUCCAAGGUUGGAGGACAACAGGUAGGUACCUGCUCUCUCCACCAUGUGUCCCAGGAAUUGAACUAAGUGGUCAGGCUUGAUGACAAGUAGCUUUACCUGCUGAUGAGCCAACUCACCAGCCUUCACCCAGAAACUUCUUGCAAAGCCCCUUCUGUGAGUCAGGCAAGAGGUGGGUGAAGGCCAGGGCAUACACUAAAGCCUCUGUCUUUAGGACUCCAGCAGUAGACUUCACAUGUGUGCUAGAAUAGCUCCAAAGCAGAACCUUCUGGAUUGGACAAUUUCAUUGGUGGCUGAAUCUGAGCAAGAAUCUGCCUGGAUAAAGCCUUCAGGGCACUCCAAGGCCUGCAUUUACAAACUCAAGUCUCAGAGAACCUAAAGUGCCCUGUUUGUUAGAUUCUGUUUCAGUGUUAUACAUAUACAAUGAUUCAGCAUAUCUCUCUCUCUCUCUCUUUUUUUUUUUGGGGGGGGGGGUUUCAAGACAGGGUUUCUCUGUAUAGCCCUGACUGUCCUGGAACUCGCUUUGUAGACCAGGCUGGCCUCGAACUCAGAAAUCUGCCUGCCUCUGCCUCCAGAGGGCUGGGAUUAAAGGCAUGUGCCACCACCACUCUGAAAAUCCUUUCACUUUUGCUGAUCCCCAAAUGGUAGCUUUCCAUUUUAAUGCAUCCGAGGAGUAAGAAGGCUUAGUCUAUAUUAGGAAGAGAUGGAUGGAGGAUACAUUGUAGAAGGAAUGGGGGUGGAACCAAUCCGUCCUGUCACAGUGACGUGAUCUCGCCCUCAGCAACUCAUCUCUAGGGCCGGGAGGAAUUUGCAGGCAGGCAUGGAAAGACUCCUCCUCAGCAAUGAUGUAUCUGGGGCUGGGAGCUCAGCAGAGAGAGCAUGUGCUUCUUUGCAGAAGACCUGAGUUUGCAGCACCCACACCCUGCUUCUCACAACCACCUGUAAAUGUAGUUCUAGGGAAUCUGGUGCCUCUGGCCUCUGAGGACACUGCAUGCACAAGCCUGUGUACAACAGCCCACAACACACACACACACACACACACACACACACACACACAGAGUUACAAAUUUUAAAGUAAAAUAAAAAAUCAGAUCCUUCCAGCACUCUUUAAAGUGUGGAUCUCUCGCUGGGUUGGCGGUAGACAACUGUGGUAAUGGGAUUGGCGACAACCACAUAACAAGCAUUUUCAGUGAGCGUAGGCGAGGGGUCCAGUUUUAUUUCAUUCUCUCUUCCAGCUGGUGAGUAAGUCUUGUUCUAGUCAUUUUAUUAGUUUCUGAGAUAGUCUUACACUGUAGCCCAGGCUAGCUUUGAACUCUCAACAGUCCUCCUGUUUGGCCUUCUGAGGGCUAGGAUUACCAGCCUGGGUCUCCAUGCCCAACAACUGGUCAGAUUUAUGUUAUUGUGAAACAGUUUAAGGGAGGAAGGGUUUGUCUUGGCUCCAUCAUGAUGGCCAGGAGUCAGAGAGAAGGGAGCAAGCCUACAGCAGCUGGCUUUCUGCUCUACCGGCUUAUUCCUUCUGGAGUCCCAUUCUGCUCUCAGGGUAAAUCCCCGAACUUGGUUAAUCUUCUCUGGAAUUACAUGGACACACCCAGAGGUGUACUUUACUAAUCUCUCAGGCACUUCCCAAUUAGUCCAGAUAAACUCAGAGCCUUCUGUGUGACAAACAGGUACUUCCCAAUUAGUCCAGAUAAACUCAGAGCAUUCUACCCCCGAGCCUCCAUCCCACCCUGUUUUAGACAGGUUUAAUAUGUCGUUUAGGAGGGCCUCAAAACUGGAGAUCCUCCUUUAUGCUAGCUAGGACUGUAGUUGUGAGCCGAUAAGCCUGGUUCAUUUAAUUGGAGUUCACUUUAAAAGGCUUCAUUCAGGGUGGUAAAGCAGAAUUCUCAGGGCUACCAUCAGACCAAGGUUUCAAGUGUUUUCAGUGGGCUUUGACAAGUAUAAGUCUCAGCCUUGGCUAACCCCAGUGAUUGAUGGAAGCGAUUCCCAGGCACUGAAUACUUGUGGAUUCUUGGGUCUGUGUUCCAGGACAGCUGAGGACUUGGCAUUCAGAUGUCUCUCUCAGUAGUCUGGGUCAAUUUUCAACAUCUCUGAUGCAGUCUCUAUUUUCACUGUUUUCAAUUGGGAAUGAUUUACUAAGAAGAGAAAGCUGCUAUAUUGUGUGACGCAUUUGAGGACCUUGUAUGAAAACAGACACUUGACUGUUUAUUUGGAGGGGUUGACUGCCGGGGUAAAGGUUUGUUUGGGCAUGGGACUGCAACCCUAGGCAGUGCCUGCUGCCUGGGCUCCAAGAGUUAACUCUGCAAGCAGUGACGUCAGUCCUGAUCUUUGCUCUUCUGCUCUUGAGCAACCUGAUACUGCCGGCUACUGAGGACUGUGCUUAUUGGCUGCUGGCUGCACUUACAGUGGGCGGAUUUUUUUUUUUCAAUUAAGUAAAAGGGCAGGACUUAAGCAGCCAGUGACAGCAGGGGCCGGUAUAUCUGGUGCUAGUUUCCUGGGAAUACCGGCAUUUCCCACUCUUGACUUCUGCUAGUACUUGCUCCUGGCGGUGGCUGAGCAACCGGUCUCACCAGCAUGCUCUGCCUGUGCCUGUAUGUGCCCAUCGCCGGGGCGGCUCAGACUGAGUUCCAGUACUUUGAGUCCAAGGGGCUUCCUGCCGAGCUGAAAUCCAUCUUCAAACUCAGUGUCUUUAUCCCCUCUCAAGAGUUCUCCACAUACCGCCAAUGGAAGCAGAAAAUUGUGCAAGCAGGUGACAAGGACCUUGAUGGGCAACUGGACUUUGAAGAGUUUGUACAUUACCUCCAAGAUCAUGAGAAAAAACUGAGGCUGGUGUUCAAGAGUCUGGACAAAAAGAAUGAUGGUCGAAUCGAUGCUCAGGAGAUCAUGCAGUCCCUGCGGGACCUGGGUGUCAAGAUCUCGGAACAGCAGGCGGAGAAGAUUCUUAAGAGAAUACGGACGGGCCACUUCUGGGGCCCUGUCACCUACAUGGAUAAGAAUGGCACGAUGACCAUCGACUGGAACGAGUGGAGGGACUACCACCUCCUGCACCCUGUGGAGAACAUCCCGGAGAUCAUCCUGUACUGGAAGCACUCGACGAUCUUCGAUGUCGGUGAGAAUCUGACAGUCCCAGAUGAGUUCACAGUGGAGGAGAGGCAGACGGGGAUGUGGUGGAGGCACCUGGUGGCAGGAGGUGGGGCAGGGGCAGUUUCCAGAACCUGCACUGCCCCCCUGGACAGACUGAAGGUGCUCAUGCAGGUCCAUGCCUCCCGCAGCAACAACAUGUGCAUCGUAGGUGGAUUCACACAGAUGAUUCGAGAAGGGGGAGCCAAGUCACUCUGGCGGGGCAACGGCAUCAAUGUCCUCAAAAUUGCCCCUGAGUCGGCCAUCAAAUUCAUGGCAUAUGAGCAGAUGAAACGGCUUGUCGGUAGUGAUCAGGAGACGCUGAGGAUCCACGAAAGGCUUGUGGCAGGCUCCUUGGCCGGAGCCAUUGCCCAGAGUAGCAUCUACCCAAUGGAGGUUCUGAAGACCCGAAUGGCCCUGCGGAAAACAGGACAGUACUCCGGCAUGCUGGACUGUGCCAGGAGGAUCUUGGCUAAAGAGGGUGUAGCUGCCUUCUACAAAGGCUACAUCCCCAACAUGCUGGGGAUCAUCCCCUAUGCUGGCAUCGACCUAGCUGUCUAUGAGACAUUGAAAAAUACCUGGCUCCAGCGCUACGCAGUAAACAGUGCAGACCCCGGUGUGUUCGUGCUCCUGGCCUGUGGUACUAUCUCCAGUACUUGUGGCCAGCUGGCCAGCUACCCACUAGCCCUGGUCAGGACCCGGAUGCAGGCACAAGCCUCCAUUGAGGGCGCACCUGAGGUAACCAUGAGCAGCCUCUUCAAACAGAUUCUGCGGACUGAGGGGGCCUUUGGGCUCUACCGGGGGCUGGCCCCCAACUUCAUGAAGGUGAUCCCGGCUGUGAGCAUCAGCUACGUGGUCUACGAAAACCUGAAGAUCACCCUGGGCGUGCAGUCUCGGUGACGGGAGGGUGGUGGACUUGGUGAGCCUGGGCUGCGGCCCAGGGUAUGCAGCCACCUCAUUCUGUGAAUGUGCCAACACUAAGCUGACUUACCCAAGCUGUGAAACCCAGGAUACCAUAGGGGACGGGCAGGGAGCUGGCAAGCUCUGGGCUGGUUCUGCUGACCUGGCAGACCUUCGUGUCUCUUCCAAGGAAGACCUGUGGAUGUUCCUUGGGGUUCAGGGGUCAGUAAGAUGUAGGCUCCUGCACUAGAGACAGGACGUUUUCCUCAGUGCCUGCCAGAUAGCGAGCUUGGAUGCCAGCUUAGUUCUUCCAUCUCGUUCACUCAGCCGGACCUCAGCCACGGCAUCCCUCUGGUCCAAAGAGCAUUCCUGUGCCCCUCAUAUCUUUCCACUGAUGCGCUGUGGUAGAAAGUGGGCCUGCCCCCACUCUUUCUUGUCCUUCUGUCCAUCUUUCCUCAGUGCUGCUCUUCCAAACCUGUUUCCCAAGCUGCAGCAUCCAUGCGGACCUGUGGUACGGGAAGCUGAAGAAGUACCAUUAUGUCCUCGCCUAUUCUGAGCCCACCAGCAAGGCCACCUGGCUGUGCCCAGGUACAGGCACUGGCUGCCUGACAGCGUGGUGCAUGGCUUUGCUGAAAGCUAGUGCUAGGACCUGGAACCCAGAGGACUUGUGCUGCCUGCAUGGGCCUAACGUCCUCUGAGCUGCCCCUAAGCCCUGUCAGGACUGGCACCAACUCAUGCCCACACUCAUUGUUCAGUUCUGUGUGUGAGGGUAGGCAGGGUACCUGCCCCAUGUCAGCCGCCCUGAUGAGAAGAAAACGAUGCUGAAGGCCUUAAUUAUGUCUUAGUGGGUAAAGGAUUUGGUUCAGAAGGACAAGCUGGACACUGCAAGUGCCACACUCGCUGUGAGCCCGGGGCAGGUAGUUUCCCUGCUCUCAAAUCUGUUCUGAGAGCCCUGUGGGGCCAAGCGGGACCAGCCUCACAUUCCACGUGUGUACCACUCUGCUUGGAGCCUAUUUAUUUUGUAUUUAUUUGAACAGAGUUAUGUCCUAACUAUUUUUAUAGAUUUGUUUAAUUAAUAGCCUGUCAUUUUCAAGUUCAUUUUUUUAUUCAUAUUUAUGUUCAUGGUUGAUUGUACCUUCCUGUCAUCACCUGGUGGGGCAUGGGAAGACAAGAUGGGAAAGUGGCUACAGAGUGACCUUGCCUGCUGCCCACACUGACAGUGUGUCCGCCCCACCAGAAACAGAGGGAACGGCACAGGGAAGACCACCCAGGCCGGGUAGGGUAGUGGGGAAGGUGGCAGCUUGACAUUCUUUCCUGGACCGGGAGGAUUUCUUUAUUUUGCCCUUUGGAACGACAAGGCAGUGAGGUGCUUCACCAGGAAUUUGGUUUGAGGGUGAGGACUGAAGGACAGGGUGGCCUGCCUUCCCCAACCCGUGACCUGGUCUCCCUCCUGGCCCACAGCUGCCCAUGCUCAAUGAGUGGCCUGCUGGCCACUUGGCAAUUGUGCCUCCAUUGCCCCAGAAUGGCCUGAUGAGGAAAAUCCAAACAGGAUGCAAAGAUCAAUGCAAAAAUCACCGGUCUGCAUAGUCUAUGCUGUAACUGGAGUUUGUCAAAGGCAAGCAGCCUUCUAAUAAAGUCGCUUCAAAUGUGA